AUGAUUAGUCCAUUACUACGAUUAGAUGGAUUGAAUUAUAUGAAAAGAUAUUUCGAUAUGUACAAUGAUCCACAAAGACAAUGUAAACAAUUCGAUUGUGACCAGAUUAGUAAACAAUUUCGUUUAUCAUGGAUUGGUCAACAUCAUCAUGAGAAAUGUUCCAUUUGUCAAGUUGUUAGUUUCAUCGAAUUAAUUUUAUUAAUAUGCAUUAUCCAUCCUAUUGUUCAAAUGUUUCAAGACGAUAGCAAUACUUUUAAUAAUUAUCUUACUGCUAAUCUAUUUGCAAUCACACCAGUAGGUCGUCGUAUUCUUGUUCUGUUUAUCAUCAUGUUCGUCAUACAGAUCCAAUAUUAUCUUCAUCGGCUUUAUUACCGGAAUCAAACUGUUUCCAUUCUCAAUGCUGUAUUAUUUCAACAAGAUAGACAACAAUUUCAUCCACCAUAUCGUUAUCGCACUAGAAUGGCAGGUAAAGUAGCCAAAGAUAUUGCCAUGAUGGCGAUCAAAAUGGUCAAUCUUUUUAUGUUUAUAACUAUUUUGAUUAUCAUAUCAAUGGAACUAUUAUUAGUAAAAUUUAUCCUUGAAAAUUUGAACUAUUUUUUCGCUAUAUUCAACCGAAAUAUUUUGGUUUCUCUAAAUCACGCUAUGUGGCUAAUGUUAAUGACAUUCUUUUGGAAAUUAUAUGAAUUUUUCCAUGUUAUUUAUGCCCAAUGUUGUGCACUAUUUGCUCUUUGUUUAUUGCCAUAUCUGAUGAUCUUUCUGAUAAAUGUUUGGCAAACAAAACAAUUAUUAGUCAAUCUAAGCCGUGUAUCGAUUUUUCAAAGAUUGAAACGUUUUCAACAUUUCAAUACAUAUAAUCUGAAAUUAAUACAAUGGGGAAAUGUUUAUUGUGAAACGGUCACUGUAUUUAUAUUCGUUAAUGUUUCAAUCAAUUGUUACAUCAUCUUAUUCAUAAUGUCUGGACGUUCAGAUUUGGUCUAUUCUUUGGUUUUAUCCACUUUUGCUUGUCAACAAAUAGUGUGCAUAUUUGGUGUUCAUUUAUUGUUUGCCAUUUGUAAUCAAAAUUUUCAUGAAUCAUCUACACGAUUCUUGAAUCUAUUGGCUCGUGAAUCCAGUGGACAAUCCCGUAUGAAGAAUUUAUCAUUGUUAUUGAAACUGUCUAAUUAUGGCCAUGCAUAUCAUACUGAGAAUAAAUAUGGCUUUACAUAUGGAAAAUUGCAGCUCAUAUCGAUGCGAGAAUUUGUUAUGAUAACAUACGGAAAUUAGGAAAUCAACAACAUCAUCAACUGCUGAUUUAUUACAACCAUCAAUUAGUAAAGUAUUAAUGAUCCAAAACAAUCGAAAUUUCAUUAUUAUGGUCAAAUUAUAAUUGUUCCAGUGAAGUUUGAAUACCAUGGUUUCAUCUCUUCAAGAUUUUCACCACGUAUUAACCGUUUAAUAUUUUCCACAAUUUCAUGGGGAUUAUAAUUGGGAAUAAACGUAUUCAAACCGGGAGCAAUUGUAAAACCACGGAAAGGAUGACGUAGCGUAAAAUUGGUUUGAAACAAAUAUAGAUUUAUUAACAAUUAGUAUAUUCGGGUUGAAAAGAAAACAGAACAAACUUAUGAUGAAUAAUCGUAAAUCAGAGCGAAUAUUUAAGCUCGGAAAGAAACUCGAAACAGUUCCAUAAUUAAAUUAAAGAACACAGCUAAACUAAGCUGUUUCACAACAAGCAAUACCUUCCAUUCCAUUCACCAGAACAAAGGGAAUUAUUUUAACAAAAUAUUUGGGUUCGUUUUUUAAAUUAUCAACUUGAAGAUAAUUUAACAGAGGAUCAUCCAAUUGUGGGAAUAAUAUCCUUGUCAACGGAUUUAACUUAGUUGAUAAAUAUCGAGGACUUGCAGGAUAAUUUGCUCCACGUUUACGACUUCCAAAUUGACCAACAGGAAGCAAUAA